GAAAAACCAGACCAAAAUUACGGCCAGAAUUCUAGAGGAUGCUUGCAUGAAAGGAUGAUAGCGCGAUGGGAUGAGAAGGUGGUGGGGGUGGAGGAAGAGGAGGAGGAGGAGGAGGAGGAGGAGGUGAUUAUGGUGGAAGAGGGUGGAAGAAAUGAAGGUGAAAAAGAUGAGGAGAAGCGAUAA